GUCUCACGGCACUGUGGCAACCUUCGACAUGUUCAAGACAACAACCUUUCCUGCAGCUUCCAGCUUCUUUAUAUACGUAGACCUAGUAUUAUGAAUCCACCCCCUCUACCACCACGUCCUAUCUGGCAACCUACACCUGGGACGACCUGGAACUACAUCCUAAACACUACUCUACGCAUCGACCCAAGCAUCUCUCAUCAUUCGGUCUACAUCAUUGAUCUAUUUGACAAUGACGCCGCAAAAGUCGCUCACCUACACGCGCUCGGGCGCAAAGUGAUUGCCUACUUCUCCGCCGGCACUUACGAAGACUGGCGCCCAGAUGCUGCACAUUUCCCCAAAUGUGACCUGGGCUGCAAAAUGGACGAUUGGGAGGGAGAGAAGUGGGUACAAACGAGCUCUGGAAAGAUCCGCGACAUUAUGCGUGCUCGGAUCGACUUGGCACGUGCGAAAGGAUUCGAUGGGGUAGACCCUGACAAUGUCGACGCGUACGAUAACAAGAAUGGACUGAAAUUGUCAAAGGCGGAUGCGAUUGACUAUGUUCGUUUCUUGGCACAAGAAGCUCAUGCGCGAGGUCUAGCAUGUGGUUUGAAGAACGCGGGCGAUAUUGUGCCCACGGUCGUCCGUGAUGUCGAGUACUGUGUUCAAGAGCAAUGUGUCGAAUUUGACGAUGUAGAUAUGUUCGUCCCUUUCAUAGAGCACGGGAAGCCAGUCUUCCAUGUCGAGUAUCCCAAAGGUGAUGAUCCCGAUAGCAAAAAGAUGAAUAAUGACCGAGACGUCUCACCGAAGCAAAGAGACAAGGCUUUCAAGGCUAGAUCAAAGGGCUUUUCGACCAUUAUUAAAAAUGUGAAGUUGGAUCAGUGGAUACAAGUGUCUUAAAGAACAAUGGAUUAGGUGGCCCAAAGCGUCAUUAAUACCCAAACGCUGACAUGACUGCUACUCCUGUUCCAAUGACUCUAA